AUGGCUCGGUCCGCAUCAGCAACUGGCGCUCAUGCAUUGGUAUUCGGCGCAUCCGGUCUAGCAGGCUGGGGCGUUGUCGACCAGCUUCUUUCCAAUUAUCCCGCCCCAGGCGCUUUCUCACACGUCACAGCAUUAGUGAACCGGCCUUUCAGCGUCGCCGACUCUUGCUGGCCCGAUCCCUCGCCGUCACGACCGAAGCUCCAGUUGGUCUCUCAUGUGAAUCUGUUGAAGGGGUCAGUCGAGGAUUUCACAGCUUUUCUAAAGUGUGAAGUCGAAGAUAUUGGGAGUGUUACGCAUGCAUUCUAUUUCGCUUAUAAGCAGGAGCAAGAACCUGAUGUCGAAACCAAGGUCAAUCGUGACAUGAUUGAGCGUGCAAUCGGCGCCCUGAACAUUCUUUCACCAAACCUAAAGUUCGUGGUAUUACCCAGCGGUACCAGGGGUUAUGGCAUUCACAUUCCUGGUGGAGUCUUCAAAGCCCCUUUUAAGGAGUCCAUGGGCCGAUUGCCAGAGCCAAUCGCCAGCAACGUUUUCUGCUUUGCGCAUCAAGAUGCGCUCGAGGAGAUGAGCAAAGGGAGAAAUUGGACGUGGUGUGAAGUCAGACCAGAUGCUAUCAUCGGCUUCGUCCCAAACGGCAGCACCUUCAACCUCCCAGCCCACUGGGCUACCUACCUCUCCUUGUACGCUCUUGUCGAGGGAAAAGGCGCCGAAGUCCCCUUUCCCGGUACGGUCCCUGCCUACAAUUCCCUCUUCAACGAUGCUUCCGCAGACAUCAUAGCUAAAUUCUCCAUCUGGGCUUGCCUGCACCCCGAGAAGUGCGGAGGCGGUGAGUUGUUCAAUAUCGCAGACCAGGCCCCUCCUUCACGCAUGAGCGAACGCUGGCCGGCUAUUGCGAAAUACUUCGGCCUCGAAGGCGUUGGCCCGGAUAUUGACGGUAAGGACGUGCUGAAGCCGGGUGAGUAUAUCGAGAAGCAUAAACAGGUCUUGGAAGCGUGGGGCGGGAAGGGUAGUAGGGUUUUCAAAGCGGAAUAUCUGGAUGAGUACGGCUAUCAUUUUACAUUCGAUAGGCAUAUGAUCUUAGAGAAGACGAGAAAGGUGGGGUUUGAGGAGGAGAUUGAGCCGAACACGUCUUGGUUCAAGGCGUUUGAUCGAUUGAGAUUGGCGGGUAUGAUACCGGGGUGA